AUGGACUUCCUGCCAGAAAACCUCCAAACCCUCCUCCAACACCCUUCAAUCAACUACCUCCGCACCUCAACCCAAGCCCAAGUAACAACCCACCUCGCCAACCUCCGCACAGCUUACGUGCAGCCCUGCCUCAUUGAACCGCUCUCAUCCUUCCUCGCUUCAACAGCCUCCUGGUCCACAGCUGCCAUGCCAGACCUCGUAACUGUCGUCCUGCUCGGCGUCUUGCUUCUCAUCUCCCUCCGCAUCCUCGACUAUGCGCGCCGCCUUAUUAUGUUCUGGGUCGUGCUGGCGCUGCGGCUGGUCUUCUGGGGUACACUGCUGGGUUUUGCGUGGUAUGUGUACCGCGUUGGGGUUGAGAAUGCGGGGCGGGAUCUUGGAUGGUUGUGGGGUAUUGUUUUGGGGUUUGUGGAGGAUUUUCAGGCGCGGAGUGCUGCUGCUGCUGCUAACGCGAAUGCGAAUGCAAAUGCGGCUAAUGCGGGCAGUGGUCCUGGUGUUGGGGCUGCUUGGGGUGCUGGGAGAGGUGCGAAUCGGGGGUCUUCGUGGGGUUGGUGA